UCCUUUUAGCCGACUGACCAUAUGAACCUCUGAACGUUCACAGGAUACUUUUUAAAAAUCUUUAUUUAACAAGAAAAUCUUAAUUAUUCCAGCAUCGUGAAAACAUCGUGGCAUUAUAAAGUCGAGGCACGCCAUUUUACUUUUGAAGUAUAUCGGCGUUUUGAACAGUUGUUCACCGAUUAGCUAGCUAGCUGACGCUACGUAGCUAUCUUAGCGUAGCUCCCCGGCUAAGUGUUAAUUCCACAAGAGCAGUUACGGUGGUAGACUGUACCGGACAGCCCGUGCGUGUGAUCAGUAGACUGCACCGGACAGCCCUUGUGUGAUCGGGAUUUUAAACGCUGAAGAACUUUGUGUUCCCAUGGAUAGCAAGGUUGUAAGCAUCUAAUCGACACUUGAUCUCAUGGCUCCUCACUUGCCCUGACGUCUUGGUUUAACCAGGAUCCAAAAUGAGCAUAAGCAGUGAUGAGGUCAACUUCCUGGUCUACAGAUACCUGCAGGAGUCAGGCUUCUCCCACUCGGCCUUCACGUUUGGCAUAGAGAGCCACAUUAGCCAGUCCAACAUCAACGGUGCCCUGGUGCCCCCCGCAGCCCUCAUCUCCAUCAUCCAGAAGGGUCUGCAGUAUGUGGAGGCUGAGGUCAGCAUCAAUGAGGACGGCACGCUGUUUGACGGGCGGCCAAUUGAGUCGCUGUCGCUGAUCGACGCCGUGAUGCCGGACGUGGUGCAGACCCGGCAGCAGGUGUACCGUGAUAAGCUGGCCCAACAGCAAGCCGCUGCGGCCACGGGCACCCCUGGCCCCAUCGGGGCCAAGAAUGGAGAGAGUGCUGCAAAUGGGGAGGAGAACGGCGCACACUCCUUACCUAACCACCACUCGGAUAUGAUGGAGGUGGACCGGGCUGUGGAGAUCCCGGCAAGCAAAGCCAUGGUUCUCCGCGGCCAUGAGUCGGAGGUGUUCAUCUGCGCCUGGAACCCUGUCAGCGACCUGCUUGCCUCUGGGUCCGGGGACUCGACGGCGCGAAUCUGGAACUUGAGUGAGAGCAGCUCAGGCGGCUCCACACAGCUAGUGCUGCGUCACUGCAUCCGUGAGGGCGGCCAGGACGUACCCAGCAACAAAGAUGUCACCUCGCUGGACUGGAAUAGUGAAGGUACACUUUUAGCCACCGGCUCUUACGACGGCUUUGCCAGAAUAUGGACUAAAGAUGGUAACCUUGCCAGUACAUUGGGGCAGCACAAGGGGCCCAUAUUUGCUCUCAAGUGGAACAAGAAGGGCAACUUUAUCCUUAGCGCUGGUGUUGAUAAGACCACAAUCAUUUGGGAUGCACACACUGGAGAAGCCAAACAGCAGUUUCCAUUCCACUCAGCUCCUGCUCUGGAUGUGGAUUGGCAGAGCAAUAAUACAUUCGCCUCAUGCAGCACAGAUAUGUGCAUCCACGUGUGCAAGCUGGGCCAGGACCGGCCAAUCAAGACAUUCCAGGGCCACACGAAUGAAGUGAACGCAAUCAAAUGGGAUCCAACCGGCAGCCUUCUGGCCUCCUGCUCUGAUGACAUGACGCUAAAGCUCUGGAGCAUGAAGCAGGACACCUGUGUCCACGACCUGCAAGCUCACAGCAAAGAGAUCUACACCAUCAAAUGGAGCCCCACUGGACCUGCCACCAAUAACCCCAAUGCCAACCUCAUGCUGGCCAGUGCCUCCUUUGACUCGACGGUGCGCCUGUGGGAUGCUGAGCGCGGCGCCUGCCUCCACACCCUCACUCGGCACCAGGAGCCUGUCUACAGCGUGGCCUUCAGCCCGGAUGGGCGGCACCUGGCCAGUGGCUCCUUCGACAAGUGCGUCCACAUCUGGAACACGCAGAGUGGCGCUCUAGUGAACAGCUACAGAGGGACAGGUGGCAUAUUUGAGGUGUGCUGGAACUCCACCGGAGACAAAGUGGGAGCAAGUGCAUCGGAUGGAUCGGUUUGUGUAUUAGAUCUGCGGAAAUGACGCUGCCAAUGGGAAGCCAUGGACCGACUAUGAAUGUGUACAUAGCCAAACUCACUGACUGGCCCUGGCCCCACUUCUGCUGGGCCUUUGGCUCUCAGCUCUGUGUCCUCAGCAUGGACCCCCACCCCACCCCCCUGGUCUAUAGGAGCCUCUCCCCAGAGGACACCCCAUUCACCGCACACACGGAGGUGUGAGCAAGGACUGUUAUAUAUUCCCACCCAGGAUACAUGGCUAAUAAAUCACCUGUGUUGUACAUGUACCAUUUUAUUUAUUUUUAAAAUUUUCCCUGUUCAUUCCAAAAACAGAGAGGCAGCAGAUACUAGUAUGUGUAGUGCACAUUUCAGCUGCUGUUUCAUCUUCGCAACUCAGCAGGGUAGAAAUGCUCAACACAAUGUCAAACAUUGUCAAAUUGACAGUUUUUCAAAAACUUUUUCUUGUGCGUUAGGUUUUGGUUGUUUUUUUUUUUUGUUUGUUUUUUUUUGUUUGUUUUUUUUUUGUUUUUUUUCUUUAUUGAAUAAGACCAUUAGAUGACAAAGAUUGAUUGAUUUAGUAAGGCAAAAGGUUUGUGUUUAUGACCUAUGCAACUCUUGUCAGUAGGAAAAUGGAAUGAAUUGUUUGAAAUGAAUUUUAUGCUCACAGCCUGUUCUGGCUUGGUCCUGGAGAAAGGAGACUGUGAUGCCUAUCCAUAGCGUUUGUAUCAGUUUUCUCUGACAUUAAUGGCUCCGUAUGCCAAACACCUUCCAGAGAAAACCAGGCUCAAUGUAGGCUGUUGAACAAAAAGCAGAAUAUUGGUUACUAAGUAAACCUGAGCAGUAAAUAAAAUGAUCAGUUAUUGUGGGGUCAUGGUAUCCAUUUCCACCGUUUUUCAGCCUCAACGACCAACGCUCUUCAGCAUUUGGUUAUAGGCUCUCCUGCUGUCAACCACACCCAUGGUGGGAGCUCAUUGGUUGUGUUCACAGGCUACGUUAAGACCCAACAAAUAGCAACGCUAUCUGUGCAACUGAUCCCAGCACUAAUUGAAGUGUCGGACUGGUUAUCGUACGUUAGUCAUGUUAAUAAGACCUUGUAAUGAGCUUAUAUACCUUUCUGAAUGUCGGCAGCUUUACCAGUGAGCACGAGUUGAAUUUGCUUCGCCCUUGUAUAAUGUCAAAGUAGAACAGUGUUUCCAAAUUGAGUCCUUGGAUACCCCUAAAUGGUCCUCCUGUUCAUCCCUGCUCCAAACACCUGAAGCAAGCAAUCAAUAAAAAUAAAUACCUAUUUCAGUUGUUGGGAGCUAAGAAAUGUGUGCUGGCAGUGUAGUGGUGUCUUAGAACUGUUCGGAGGGUGUCCUGGAAGGGAAUCCUAAUAUUCAUGAAACCAUAGAUUCUCUUAAAAUGUGCUCCUACUCUAAACUUGCAUUUUUAGAAAUUGAAGUUCUCAAAGGGUGUAGGGCACACUAAUUUGGAGCAUGUGAUUCACUAAUGAGCAGUCAAGCUUCUUUAUAAAAUACCAUUAGACAGUCAUAAUUUCAGAGAAUCAGAAGUGAAAGGACAGACUGUAAGUUACUUUCCUGCACUUUAGAUCGAUGUAAUGCAAUGGAUUUCAGUGAGCACUUAACCAUUCUGGAUAUUUUUUUCAAGGGUGAUAAAAAAAUCUGGUGACAACUUGUGUUGACUUGAACAUGAGCUGGGUUAUGUAGGAUGGAGAUGCCUGUUCAAAAACAGGUAUGACCUAGUAUAAUGACAUCCUAUGUAUCUCUUUUCUCUCUUUUUUGUAGCAUAUGGCUUCAUAUCAUUCUGUCAAAUAAAUCAUAAUUUGCAGGUUUUGUCCAGAAUGUCUCAAAUUUUGUAAAGAAAAGAGUAUUUUGAUGCUUGCUUUAAAUAAAAUAUACAGAUUGUACCAUAAAGACACUAUUAUAUUGUCUAUGACAGUGGAAUGGUAUUUUAUAAUGUUUUUGGUUUUAAAGAGAUGUGCUUUUUAUGAGGCAUCCAAUUAUUAACUUUAGUCCUACCUAAAUGCCUAGUUCUCACCUUUGUGUUCAUGACCCCUAGAAGUUUUGUACUCUUGAAAUCUUUUGUAAUUCCAUUUUAUUUGUAGUUGUCUUUGCGAAAAGAAAAAAAAAAAGUACAUACGUGGGCAUAUCUUGAGCAUACUAGACCAUGGAAAUACUUAAAUUAUUUUUCCCCCCUUACAACUUUGUCAUUUUUGGCAUUUUCUAAGCCCCCUUUUCCCUAUUUCUCAGUUUGUUGCUGAUGCUUUCCCUGCAAUGUUGAUUUGACUUUUGUGAUUCGAGUCAGAUCAAACAAAACGUCCAGAAUAAAAUAUAUUUUGAUAAUA